GUCCAACUCACGUGAUUGAAACGGAAGUAAAGGUGCCUAUAUAAAGUGCCUGCCGAUUCGCAUCAUUCUCGAUUCACUUCGAUUCGAAGCAAAGAUGAGGGUGAUCACGGCCAUCGUACUUUGCAUUCAGCUGGUUGUUGUGCUUGGUCAAGACCCAACCACGGAACCAACCACGGAAGCACCAACCACAACCACGGAAGCACCAACCACAACCACGGAAGCACCAACCACAACCACGGAAGCACCAACCACAACCACGGAAGCACCAACCACAACCACGGAAGCACCCACCACCACCACGACGGUACCUACAACUACAACUGGCAAAACGACCACGGCCAAGACGACUAAAUCCACCACAACUAAAACAACAAAGUCAACUACAACCAGAACGACCACCACCAAGAAGCCGACCACCCCGAAGCCUCCCAACUGUGCUGGACAGAACUAUGAGAAAAUAAGCAAAUGCUGUUCAGAGCCUCCAGCAAUUUUCAUCAACAUCACCAAUAAGAAGGACAAAACUUGUGGCAUAAGCACCAGCAACACAAAAGUGUUUAACAUGUUCAGCCUGAAUAAGCAGCAAUCCUUAAAGAAGGGAUGGAAUAACUCUGUCCCUCUGAAUGACUCCAACGUUGGAAAGAACCUUUAUCCUUUGGCUUAUUUUGCUGACUGCUGGUUCAGAGCCAAGGAAGUGAUCAACAAUGAAACUGGCGAAAUCGAUGCUACCGCACUGGAAACGUUUAUUACCGCAAAUCAAAGUGAUUACUGGAAGGAGAUUCUAGGACAAGCAGCAACCGCAUGUGUUGAUAUAGUUACAGCACUUUCUCCCCCACCUUUCGUGAAAGAUAAAAAGUCGAGCGUAAGCAGCGCAGCAUUCUUCGUAUCCCAAUGCCUUGCUUUCGUCUCAAUCGAAUACUGCGAAAAUAGAUUGACCACAACUUCAUGCAACAAAGAUUAUGCUAUGUUCGACACUUGCAAGAAUUACGUCUUCCCAGACGUGGCAAAUAAUGGAGGGUCAAAGCUUAAAGCUGCAGCAAAUAAGAAGUUGAAUUCUCAAAGGAAAGCCGGACGCAAAAAUGGUAACAAAAAUUGAAGCCAGCGAGACGAUAUUUGAUGACAACUUGAGCGAGUUAACUGGAAAAUGCGAUAUGAUUUUACAUAACCUUAAUAACAAUUGGAUGUAAUAAAAAGAAAUAAACGGAAUUUAGUGUUAAAGUGCAAGCAAA